AUGCCACCAGCAGCCCAGAAACAGGCGCAGACUGCGCGCCUUAACCCCUUAUGGUAUCACUACGCCUGUGCGACGGUCGCUGCCGCACUCGUGCUCGGCAACAUGUUACGCUGGGCCUUCCUCGACGCGCCGGACAACUAUCACUGCGGCGCUAUGCUGUCCACUGGCAAGUGGCUGGACGAAGGAACCUACAAGAACUGGCAGCCUGAAGGUUGUUACCAAGCUACGCUCAAGCCCGCCGCGCUUGCCAAAUGUCUCACCUCGCCAUCCGCAGUCUCUGCUACCGCAUCAUCAAACCCAUCCAACCGGCGCGCCUUGUUCAUCGGUGACUCGACCGUGCGACAGCUCUACUUUGCCGCGGUGCGCAACAUCGACAAGGGCGUCGACUACCCCAAGAGUUGGGAGACUGAUGGCGAGAAGCACACCGACCGCAAGGCAGUACUCACCACCAAAGGCGGGCAGCAGCUCACCAUCGAGUUCUGGUGGGAUCCCUACCUCAACACCACCCAAACUGGUGACUACAUCGCGUCGCGGCCCGCAUCGCCCGCAUCGCUACUGGUCAUGGGCUCGGGACUGUGGUACCUCCGCAACCCGUCUUCAGGAGGCACAACAGCGUUUACCAAGACGAUCCAGGACACCUUUGACACGCUGCGCAAGCGACAGGGUUCGCCAAUCGCACCCCUACUCAACCCGUGGGACGCCAUGACGGCGACGCAAACCAACUGGCUCCCGGGAUUGUUACCUAGCACUGUCGAUGCUGGCGUCGCCGCUGGCGGACACGACUUUGCGCUCGCGGACGCCAUCUUCUUCGUGCCCGUCGCCGAUCCAGUGCCGGAGAAGCUGAGCGCGGAGCGGGCUGAGACGAUCUUCUCCGCAGACGUCGAGAUGAUGAACGCCGAGAUUGCGACGCGGUUGACCCAGCCUAACCCACCGCCCAUUAUGGUCCCGAGCGUGUUCAACGCGCUCCUCGUCGACGAGGAGACGACCGACGGUCUCCACUUCUCUGACCGCAUUAUGGACAAGCAGGCUGAGCUGAUGCUCUCAUGGCGCUGCAACGACAUGCUCCGCAAGGAGGCGUCCGAGGGCGCCUGCUGCCGGCGGUACAACACGCUGCGCCCUCUCCAGGCGCUCCUCCUCCUCUACCUUGGUGUCUGGGCGCCCAUCUCGUGCUUGAUCGCGCCCCGUCUGCGCCCCGGUCACCCUCUUCUCACCUUCAUCCCUGCCGACAAGGUCGCCAAAGCCAUCAGCUCUUUCGGAAUCGCGAUCGCCUACCUCUACCUUGCGGACCGCACCACCAUCUUCUUCAAGGAGCAGAAGGACUGGGACCCCAAGAUCUUUGGCGCACUCAUGCUCGGUUCGCUAGUUGCAGGCCUCGCGACCGUCAAGAACAAGGGCAAGGACCUCGGCUUCCUCAACCGCGACAUCACCGACGAGUGGAAGGGUUGGAUGCAGAUCGCCAUCCUCAUCUACCACUUCUUCGGCGCGUCCAAGAUCAGCGGCAUCUACAACCCGAUUCGCGUCAUGGUUGCUGCGUACCUCUUCAUGACAGGCUACGGACACUUCUUCUUCUACUUCAAGAAGGCCGACUUUGGCUUCAACCGCAUCGCCCAGGUGCUGGUUCGCCUCAACCUCCUCUCGGUCGUGCUCCCGUACACCAUGAACACAGACUACGCGUUCUACUACUUUGCGCCUCUCGUGAGCUGGUGGUACAUGGUCAUCUACGGCACCAUGCUCCUCGGCGCGCGGUACAAUGCCAAGCCGGCGUUCCUCCUCAUCAAGCUGUUCGUCUGCGCGGGCGCCCUCACAGCGUUCAUGUACCAGACGUGGAUGAUGGAGGGUCUGUUCUCGUUCCUCAACACCGUCUUCCGCAUCCAGUGGAGCGCCAAGGAGUGGUCGUUCCGCGUCACGCUCGACCUCUACAUUGUGUGGGGCGGCAUGCUCUCAGCCUACGCAUUCAUCAAGUUCAACGAGUUGCGCAUCGCCGAGCGUCCCUUCUUCCCAGCCUUGCGCACUGGCGCGGUCGUGGCUUCGGUCCUCGGCCUCAUCUGGUACAUGUGGUUCCAGCUCACGCGCAAGGACAAGUUUGAGUACAACGGCUACCACGCCGCCGUGUCGUGUAUCCCGAUCCUGUCCUUUGUGGUCUUGCGCAACGCAAGCUCGCUCCUGCGCACGUGUACGAGCCAGCUCUUCUGCUUUGUCGGCCAGAUCUCGCUCGAGACCUUCAUCCUCCAGUUCCACGGGUGGCUGGCAGCCGACACCAAGGCCAUCCUCCUUGUCCUUCCCGCGACGCGCUGGCGCCCCGUCAACCUCGUCAUCUCGUCCAUCGCCUUCGUCUGGCUCUCAUACAAGGUCAGUGGCGCCACUGGCGACAUCACCUCCUGGGCUGUGGGCAAGAAGAAGAAGGCCCUUCCGCCGCCUGUCACUCAGGGCGGCGAGGCCAUCUUCGACGCCACGCAGCCGGGGCAGGAGAACAUCCCGCUCAUGGAGGCGGACAAACAGAACGAGAGUGAGGCGUACGUGGCCCCCGAGAAGAGCUGGCGCGACCACGCGGUCGUGAGCGUGCUCGGCAACAUUGGCGUGCUGGCCCAAACGCACGACAGCGUCAAACUCGGCCUCGUGCUCCUCGCAUUGUGGGUCGCCAACUGGCUCUACUAG